CAGCAGAAUAUAAUUACUUGUAUCAUCUGUUUUAUUGUAAUUUGUUAAAUGCUUUACUAAAUUUUUUCCGCUAUGGCAACAAGAUUUGCACACAGAAAGACUUGUGCUUUAAAUCAGCAGUCAACCUGUGCAGAAGUAACAACAGAAUCUCUUUGUGUGGGUGUGAGUGAUGGCCUGACAUUCUGCCUGGCCAGACCAGAGGACUAUGAUGACGUGAUGGCUAUGUUAGAAGACAUAUAUAAGGGCAAUGACUACCUUCCUGAUCACUAUCACUCCUGGUUGACUAAGCCAGCUAGAGUAGUAAUUAUAGCAAGAAGACAUACAAAGCUGGGAUCAGAUUUAUACUGGGGCACAUACCCCAGUAAAAGGCGUCUAGUGACGCCCCUGAUCUACCCUAAUGUGAAGACUAAGCGCCUCACCAGAGGAGAUGACCCAGGGCCUGAAAAACUGAGCUAGUUCACACUGUUCGCAAGAAGGGUAAUUGUUCUGUCUCUUUGUGGGACUUCUUAGAGUUUUGAUGACUUUGUCUCAAGUCUCAAGGCAAAACUGGAUAUGUCAGAUUUGUCCAUCACCAGGCAUCCUCUAGUCGCAGUGGACCCGGAUGCCCUUAAAAUGCUUCUCUUAGAUUCAGACCUGUCCUCCAGACUUCAUCUUCCAGGGGGUACUAUAAUCCAGGAUUGGCAGCUGAAACCCACAGAGAGUAAACUUAAGGUCUUGGCAAGAUGAAACUUGAUAUGGUUUGUGGAUGGUUCCAGUGAUAAACCCUUGUUUAUAAGCUUUCACACAUCUUCAUAUCCUGUUCCAUUUAAUGGAGGGUCUGUAUGCUUUAAUAUUGACUUGAACGGGACAGACGCUUCCUUUGCAAAAAAAGCACUAACAGCCCACCUGAAAAAUUGGGAGAGGUGA